GAGGAUGCAUUUUCAUGGUGAAAUUCGUCUCCGUCGUCGCAAUCUCUUCGAACUACGGCCAUGAAUUCGAGAGACCUCACUCUGAUCUCUACCGCUACCAUAGCCGGUGCCCUCGUCUCUGCAAUCGCAAUCCGUUUCUUAGUGAACCCUAGGAAGAAGUUGUCCGCCGCCUCAACCUCUAGUUCAGAUGCCGUGCUACGGAGGAAGUCAUCUUCCGAUGAUCCUUACGAUCCAUCCAAACGCAACGGAUACUUGUCAUGGGAUGACUAUUUUAUGGCAAUCGCAUUUCUUUCAGCUGAGAGAUCCAAGGAUCCUAACAGGCAGGUUGGAGCAUGCUUGGUGAGUCAAGAUGGUAUAAUACUCGGCAUAGGCUAUAACGGGUUUCCACGCGGCUGUUCUGAUGACAAACUCCCAUGGUCAAAAAAAUCUAAGAAUGGGAAUCCAUUGGAGACAAAGUAUCCUUAUGUUUGCCACGCUGAAGUUAACUGCAUCCUGAAUAGAAAUCAUGCAUCUGCUGCAGGGCAGAAGCUUUAUGUAACAAUGUUCCCUUGCAAUGAGUGCGCAAAAGUUAUCAUUCAGUCUGGGGUUUCUGAAGUUGUCUAUUUUGUGGAGAAGAGUUUGGAGAAUAAUGUUACUUAUGUUGCUUCUCACAAGCUUCUAUCAAUGGCAGGCAUAAAAGUUAGAAGACAUGAGCCAAAGAUGAAUCAAAUUUUACUCAGAUUUUGUGAGACUUAGAAGCUUCGUUCAUGGCGUGGGCUUACGUAGAUACUUAACUCAAGUGAGUCCCUUAAACGGUUGGUCUUUUUUCCAACAUAUUGUGUGCGCCUUCCCCUUUUACCGUACGAUAACCCAACAACUGUUAUCUGGUUCUUGGGUUGUAAGAUUUAUAGACAACGAUUUGAAAUGUGUAUCGGUCUUAAAACAAUAAUUAGCAUCAUGCUGGAGUCCUUUUAAGAGUGUUAAUUCUGAUACCAUGUAAGAAUAUAUGGAACCCUGUGAAAAAUUAUUUAAGUUCAAUAAUGUUUGAAUUUAAACUUAUUUAA